GGCGGGCGGCCGCAUCGCGGGAAGAUGGCGGUGGCGGCCCCCGCGCCGUGAGGCGGCCCCACGGAGGCGGCAUGUCGGACUCGGAGGAGGAGAGCCCCGAGCGCCAGCUCAAGCUCGUGCUGCUAGGGGACGGCACGUCCGGCAAGACAUCCUUAGCCACGCGUUUUGCCCAAGAAGCUUUUGGGAAACAGUAUAAACAAACUGUAGGAUUGGACUUCUUUUUGAAAAGAAUAACAUUGCCAGGAAAUGUGAAUGUUACUCUUCAAUUGUGGGAUAUAGGUGGGCAAACAAUAGGAGGCAAGAUGUUGGAUAAAUAUAUCUAUGGAGCCCAGGGUAUCCUCUUGGUAUAUGAUAUUACCAAUUAUCAGAGCUUUGAAAAUUUAGAAGACUGGUAUAAUGUGGUAAAGAAAGUGAAUGAAGAAUCAGAAACACAGCCACUUGUGGCCUUGGUAGGCAAUAAAAUUGAUUUGGAGCAUAUGCGAACAGUGAAAGCUGACAAACACCAACGAUUUUGCCAGGAAAAUGGUUUCAGUAGCCAUUUUGUGUCAGCCAAGACAGGCGAUUCUGUCUUCCUGUGCUUUCAAAGAAUUGCUGCUGAAAUUCUUGGCAUCAAAUUAAACAAAGCAGAAAUGGAACAAUCACAGCGGGUGGUGAAGGCAGAUAUUGUCAACUACAGUCAGGAGCCUGUGACAAGAACUGUUAACCCUCCUAGAAGCUCAAUGUGUGCAAUUCAGUGAACAUAUUUUCCUUUGUAUUGAUACCUUUGGCAGUCCUUCCAGCCUUGCACAGGCCCAGGGCUUGCCAGGAACUUUGUUUUAACAGUGACCAUCGCUGUAGUGCAGUUAGAGGUUUCAAAAACUUGCUACACCAUUGUGUGUUGAAAAGCAGCAGGCAGUUUCUUUGACUGGCAAAGAUUCAAAUGUUGGACCACACACUUUGAAAAAUUAAGAUCUCUGUUCCUCUGAAUUAUAUUCCAAUGAAGCAGUAUAACUAUGUACAAACAUGUUCUCCAUUUGACUGAUGUUGCAGUAAAAUUUGAAUUGGAAUACCUGUAUUCAAAAUAGUUUUAACAACAUUUCUGCUGAAAGAUUCCUUGCCAAAGCAUUUUGUCGUCUUUUCUGUGAUCUGAAUUGAUGCUUAACAAAAUGUAACUUGGAGAAACUAUUGUCAGAUUAACAUUUUGAGCCAGUAAUAUAUUUUAUCUAGGAAUAAUUUGGAAAGUAUUCCAUUGUUUAUAUAUAGUGCAAAAAUGUAUAAACUGUAUCUAUUAAGCAACAAUGCUUGAAAUAAACCUGUAA